AUGAUCGUGAUCAUUGUUUUUCAUUCCAGAAAUAAAAAUACGAUGAAAGGAGGAGUCGAAAUUGUGAGGAGUCCUCAAAUAUCAUAUUUAGUCGGAUCUUCUCCUAUGUGUUCACAAAUUCCCGGUUUAUCAUCGGGACAAACGAAAUUAUGUCAGUUAUAUCAGGAUCACAUGUCGACGGUUGUGAGAGGUGGAAGAGCAUCACUUUCAGAAUGUCAGUGGCAAUUUAGAAAUAGAAGAUGGAAUUGUUCAACACUGGAAGGAUUCACGAUAUUCGGACCGAAAAUCGAAAUAGGCAUUAGAGAAUCUGCAUUUACACAUGCAAUCGCAUCAGCUGGAAUUGCUCAUGCUAUUUCUCGUGCUUGUAGAGAUGGACAAUUAAGUUCCUGUAGCUGUAGUAGAUCAGGUCGUCCAAAAGAUUUACAAAGGGAUUGGCUAUGGGGUGGAUGCGGUGAUAAUCUCGAAUACGGUUACAAAUUUACAAAAGAAUUCAUGGAUGUGAAAGAAAGAGAAAAAAAUUAUAAAAAAGGGACUAAAGAACAAGGGAAAAGGGUUAUGAAUUUGCACAAUAACGAAGCAGGAAGGCGGGCAGUAAUUAAAAGUGCAAGAGUGACUUGUAAAUGCCACGGAGUUUCCGGUUCUUGUAGUUUAAUAACAUGUUGGCAGCAAUUAGCUUCUUUCAGAGAAAUCGGAGAUUUACUUCGAGACAAAUACGAUGGAGCAACCGAAGUUAAAGUUAACAGACGAGGAAGGCUUCAAAUUCGAGAUCCACAAUAUCGUUUACACACAGCAAGCGAUUUGGUAUACAUCGAUGAAUCCCCUAAUUAUUGUGUGACUAAUUUAAGUGUGGGAGCUUUGGGUACCCAAGGAAGGGCUUGUAAUAGAACAUCAAUGGGUAUGGAUGGUUGUAAUCUUCUUUGUUGUGGUAGAGGAUACAACACGCAGAAGACAACAAUCAAGGAAAGAUGUCAUUGCAAGUUUCACUGGUGCUGUCAUGUCGAGUGUAAGAUGUGUUUGAACACAAUUGACCUUCACACAUGUAAAUAA